UUGCGCUUGCGCUUGCUUGGUUUCUCACUGUUUCUGUUUUAGUUUUUUACUUACCAGUUAGGUAUGCAAAAAAUGAAGAAAAUUUUUAAUCGUAGAACAUCUGACGAUUGAACGAUAGCAGACGCAUCUUCCGGGAUUUUUUCUACAUGAAGUGACAUAGAAGUGAAUCAGUUGACUCAACUUGGCUGCAUUCAUUUGUGCAACAUGAUCAUAUUAAUUUCUGGUUUGGAUGCUUUAUGGCGCUGAAGCAUAAUGCCAUAAUCCGCUGAAAGUGGAGUGCUGGAAGUGGAUCAAUUGCUGAUUGAUCCGGAUCAUUAAUAUUAUUAAGAACCAUAGUCUAACCAUGAAUAAAUUUUGCCUUGGGUUUCGAGUUGUGAGAAAAUAUCGUAACCGAGUGCGAUUCUAAUAAGUAAAUCCGUAUAAUUUUACUCCUUGAGAGCACUGCCGUUUGCUAUUUUGCGUUUUUUGUGACUGGCCAAGUGUACAGUACUGGUUUGAAUCAAAUCAUUCAAAUGGAUCGCGAACUGGCCAACGAUAUCAAGAAAAAGCUGAACAUCCAUGAUUCCAAUGUGGGACUUAAAAUUGAGAAACUUGCAGAACUUGAAUGCGGGCAGGAAAUUCUGGCCGUGAUUCGGAAUGUGGUAAACCAUCCCAGCAAGCGGACGGGUUACGAAGCUGCUGCGUCCAGAAUUAAUUUUCCCUCGCGACCCCCCACCAAGAAAGAAUUGCAAGAUCAGCUCACCCAAGAAAUCAAGUUCACGGCAUUCACUGAAAGUGUCUUGCACGUUAUCAAAAUGCAUCUGGACAAGAAAGAGCAGAAAUUACUAGCUAAAGAGAUGGAAGGAUUCGAUGCUCAUUGUGCUGCCAUUUGUGGUCCCAGCAAAAUCGCGCUGAUGGACAAAGCUGUGGAUUUGGCUGCGUCAUCCGCUGAUCGCAUGGGCAAUGGCGUCAAGGAUUUUGCAGCCACCAGCGAAUAUCUACACCCACGAGCAGCGUUGGAAGAUUCCGAACAAAUGCGCCUUCCAUCCCGCUGCAUGGAGUUGAUCGGUCAUAUUACUGAACCUGUCAUGGAACGCGAAAAUAAAACAAAGGGGAAAACGUCGGCUGACGGUAAAAGCAUUGGCCAAGAGGACCGUUAUAUCGGAAUGCUUCAGUCUAAAAUUGAUUUUCGCGUCGACAAAUUAUUGACUGGUUAUCAUUCGCUGUGGGAUUUUAUGGAACUAUUCAAGCAAACGUUCGGCGACGCGAAGCAGCAGAACACACUUUUGGCGAUGGAUCAUGUCUUACAGGAUGUACGCCCCUCGAUUCAUGAUGGAGAAAACGUUGUGCUGAGAAUUCUCAGUCAUUAUUCCGAUCUCAAGGAGCAAAUCAAGAAAUGCGAAAUUGAAAAACAGAAGAACCAUGCUGUGAUGACCAGAUUGACCGAUGAAGUAGUUUCCAACAGAGAACAGAUUGUCAAAAUUCAAAAGAUUAGCUUCAAGAUGCGCUUGGAUAAAGCGAUCAAGAAUAUUGUAUCAGUAUCGCAAGAGAAGUAUUAUAUCAAGGUUUUAUCGGAACUGAAUGCGGAAAUUGAAAAGCUGUCGGCAAUCGUACCGGUGCCACGAAUUGAUCCCGAAACCGGCUUAGAAAUCCCUUAUUGCCAGUUUUCCGAAAUACAGUUGAAUUUGCAACUAAACACUCUUGUCACUGCAUGCUAUCAAAAGCAUCAGUACUUCAAAAAUCUUAUGCAGAAAAUAUCGGAUUACCAUCUAGCAGCAACCAAAUUUAGGCGGGAAACGUUGAACGAAGCGAUUGAGGAUUAUUGUGCCGCGAGUACCGGUUUGGUUGUACUGGUGAAAAAAUUGUUGGAGAACUCGGAGAACUUCAGUUUUUCAAAGGAUACCCGCUUAUUUGGGAUAGUUACAAAUGAAUUCCCGAGUGACUUAUCGGGUCGCGAAGAAGUGUUGGCGUCUUUGAGCAAUCGUAUUUCUACUUCGGUUGAUUUGGAAUGUUACGAGCACAAUCUGAGUUUGGAAAUUGCGAAAGCCUUGACAAGAUUUCAGCAGCAAGAUGCUAUCGCAUUGGGUGUUAUUGAAAAUCUAGAACGGACGCUGAAAUCAGCGAAAGCGAUCGAGAUAGCGUCGUCGGAACCGUCCUCUGAUUCCGGUAGUGGUGUCGAUAGCGGGAGUGGAAGUGAAGGAUUCCGUCUUAAGUUGCCCGAUAACUGUUUUGAAUCAGAAGAAUCAAAACACGAAUUUUACUUAAAUUCCCUGAAGAAACUGCCUUUUUCUACUCGUUGGUCGCAGAGCCCAGCCACGAGUCCAUUUAAGUAGACAUUAGACAGAUUGAUUGUCUUUAACGCUACAGCAAUAGAUGUUGACUUUUACGUUGCUUUGACUUUUGGACGGAUUCUUUCUGCUAUUCUCGCAUCCGUAAUUUACGUUUGUUUUAUGUUUUACAACAAAGAGACUAUUUCUACCUCUGCGUUAACAAGUUUUGAGUUAGUGAUCUGUCAGUCUUGAAGUGUGAGGGGUUUUAUUCAUUUCGUUUGAAAAAUAAAGGAAAAUAUUA